ACAAGUUGCAGGCAAGCUUGGACCCAAAAAAAAUUGUCUGGGCCAUCUGAACGUGUGGCAGCCGGUUGAGUGCUCGUCCCGGCCCGAUAGAAGCGAUACGUGACCGCCAACAAAAAAAGCUCGACCUCGGGACCAGCGACCAGCAGCCAGCAACCAGCAACCAGCAGCCAAGCCGGGUGCGGGCCGAGCCAAUUGAGCCGAAGAGCGAUGAGCAUAGCACGUCCGGCCGCCAGGAGGCUCGUCUCCGGGUGCCUGGCCGCGGCAGCGGCGUCGCCGUCGCCGGGUGCUGCAUGCGCUGCGCCGGCGACGACGACGGCGCCAUGCCACCACGGCCGACUCGUCCUCUCUAACCAGUUCCACAGCUCGCCGCAGCUGUCGGCGAGGCGGCGGCCACGGUUCGCCAGCGUGCGGGCGGCCGACAUGGGCAUCAUGGACGACAAGCAGAUCGACCAGUUCACAAAGGAAAAGUUUCCAAAGUACACGCCCGAGGAGAUCGAGCACCUCAAGACCAAGUACUCGCCCGAGCAGAUCGCCGCCCUCGAGGCGGGCGAGGCGGCCAUCGACCCGCGCGACCUGACGGUGCAGGGCCGGCUGCGGUCGGACCCGUACACGCUGCCCUACAUUGACGACUUUGCCGAGACGCAGCCCAUCGUCGACAAGCGGGCCCGGCACAAGGAGGCGCCGGACCCGCACGCGCGCUUCAUGAACAUGGACGAGUUCACCGAGGACCUGAUCAGGUGGGCCGACAAGUUCCAGACGGGCGACGUGACGGGGACGCUCAAGACGCUGGUCGACUUCGUGCCGGACAAGUACAAGAAGACGCCCGAGGGCCAGUGGCCGGGCGACGUGCGCGAGGAGGCGCACAGGGCCUUCCAGCGCUACCUCGAGGCCGAGGUGAGCAGGCAGGCGGCCAAGGACCCGGACGACACGUCCGGGCCGACCGACGCCGACGUGCUGCAGUACAUCCUGGAGCGGUCGGCCAUGACGGACGGGAACCGGACGACAGACACGUCGCUGGCGCACGGCCUGCCCGGCAAGGUGCCCGGGGUGGCCGGCCUGUACAAGAACGCGAUCGACCCGGAGGACAAGGGCCUGGACGACACGGGCGUGUACCAGGACCUCAAGCGGCGUACCGGCCUGAGCGUGGCCGAGAUCCUCAACCUGCAGUCGAAACGCAUCGUCCAGCGCUUCGUGGCCAACCAGACGCGCCUGGGCAAGGUGCGCAAGGCCUCCGUCAUGUUCGUCGUCGGCAACGGCAACGGCUGGCUCGGCAUCGGCGAGGCCAAGUCGACCGAGCCCACCGUCGCCGCCCUCAAGGCCCGCCUCAUGGCCAUCCGGAACAUGCAGCCGAUCCGCCGGUACGAGAACCGGACCAUUUACGGCUCCGUCACGAGCAAGGUGUCGGGUACCGUCGUCAAGAUGGAGGCCCGCCCACCAGGAUUUGGCCUCCGCGUACCGCACCGCAUCUUUGAGAUGUGCCGCGCCGCCGGCAUCCACGACCUCGCCGCGCGCAUCCCGCGCUCGCGCAACCCCAUGAACACAGUCAAGGCCGCCUACUGGGCGCUCACGCACCAGCCCGACCCGGACGAGAUCGCCAUGGGCCGCGGAAAGAAGCUGGUCGACGUGCGCAAGGUGUACUAUGGCGGAGACGUGUACUAAAUCUUA